AUGACAGCAGACAAGGAGAAGAGAAGGUAAAGCGGCGGGCUGCAGUGGUAACUUGAGUCACGGUGUAAAUGAGCGGGGCCUGAAGUGUUUCACAGGUGAUGUGGUGAGACUGGAGAGAGGGUGCUGCGGUCACAGUGGGCAUCAAGACAGUUUCAGAUGUGACCACAAUGCACCGCUCUCCUUUCACACCAACGAUGUGACCUUUUCUUGACAAAAGUUGGCCAGUCUUGUGGCGCAGAUUCAAUAUUCCAAUCUUCUCUUAAAGAGUAGGAAAAUUCAAAUGAGUUACAGUGUAAAACAAAAUUAGGAAAACAAUUUAUAUUCAAAUAAAAGUCAAAAACAGUGAAAAAAAUGGGGCUAAAAAUAGAAAAAUGUGAAAAUAAAUACUGUAAUAAUAGAGAUGUGGUAAAUAAAUCCUUUUCCAGACAUCUAUUCUGGUUUUUUUCAUGUUAAUAAUUGUUGCUGCUCUUGUUUUAUGCUUCUCGUAAAAUCCAUUUUUAGUCUCAAACUCAAUUUUCAAAAAUCAAGUCUCCUCUCCCUAAAAUGGUUAUCUUAUAAAACUUAACCACAGUUUCCUUUUCUCAUGGCUUUAUUUUCAGAUUUUCACCGAGCACGGUGUGUUUCGUAACUGUUCAUCCUCUUGGGUUUCUUGUUUUCAAACUGCAAAUUAGAGCAGAUUGUCAUGGGUCGUAAUUUUAAGAUUUCUGAAUUAAAUUGAAAUAGAAAUAUAAAAAGUUUGAGUGAAUUUGCAGAGGGACACUUGACUCAAAUCAGGUGCAAUCAAAAGUCAUAUUUUCAGGAGCUGCUUUAGUUGCUUUAUAAAACUAUACAAUAACUCUCUCUAUCUGGACAUCAUUCAAGGAUUUUUAGGACUUUUUUUAAUCAAGAUUCAGAUGAAUUUUAGGAGUAAAUAUGAUAACAUCUUACCCAAAAUACACAAAGUGAAAGCCCUGCAAGCAAAAUGGAGUUCAAGUUCAAGUCCAGCGUCAUUAAGUCUAACUAUACUGAGAAGAAAAUCAUCUAUUAAAGCUUUAUAACAAAACUUAUGGGUGAUUGUGAGCUUUUAAAACAGCUUGUAAAAAUGUUGAUAUAGUGUUAUAAGCAAUGAGAAUGUAAAGGUAUGUUUUAUAAUGCAUUAUGUAACUCAUAUCAAGUGCUACUAGAAAAUGUCUAGAGCUGUUUUCAGACUGUCUUCACAUGAGCUCAUCCUGAAUUUUUCCCGGAAUUUUAAAAGAAGCCUGAAGAAAAAAUUCUUGGCUCACCUGGUCAUCGUACAGGGAUGUUUUCUGAAACUUUUCGAAUGUGAAAGUAGCUUAAUUGGCGAUUUCUUAACUUGCCAGCGUCAUCUCGGCUUUUACAUCCUUCCUCACAUGUUGAGAAAUCCUCUACAACCUCUUAACUCAUGUCAAAAAGUCAGAAAGAGUUCAGACGGAAACGCGGCUGUGCCAGCAGAGCCCCCAACAACACAGCUGUGGAAUCCAAGACCACACUGAUGCUUUAUAAAGAAGAUCAAACUCAUGUAGAAACUUAGUUCUUCUGGAAGUCCUUGUGUGAAUGCACUUUGGUGUUUCUAUCACAUGUGGUUUAGUAUGACUUUGACCGAACUUUGACCUCUGCAUGCAGGGCGAUCAGCCGUGAGGCGGCCAGGAGGAGAAGACGGGUGGAGUCUGAGGUGUUCGGAGAUUUGUCUAGCCUCCUGCCGCUCCAACCCUCCGUCAGAGCUCACCUGGACAAACCGUCAGUCAUUCGUCUCACGCUCAGCUACAUACGCAUGCACGCACUGCUGAAAGGUACACAUAGUCAACACACACACAUAAGCCAGUUACUUUUGAUUACAAGGUUAAAAUAUGCUGUCCUGUAAAUUUUUAGAUACACAAUAUUAAAUUGAGUCCAAAAAUGUCUUAAAUUAAAAAAAAUAGAUAAAGAAAUAAAAGUUAUUCCAUUUUGAUGCUCUUUUGAAAUGCAGCAUCAUGCAGAGUGGAAACAAAUAUGUUUCUGGAGUGGAUGUGAGAAGUUUGUUGUGGUUUACAGUCGUCACCAGACUUGCUCGAUUUAGUUUGAGUGCCAGACAGAGGAAGUCUGUCACGAGAAAACACCUGAAACACAAACACAGACACAAACACAAACACAGAGCUUGUGUUACAGAAAGAAAUCAUAAUAACACUAUCUUGAACAGAGAGUUUUCUUUACUUUUCUGUCAGCAGUGAAUUUUUAAACCAAACAAUAACACAGAGGAGGGAUUUAAUAUUCAAUGUGUUCGAUUGAUAACUGAGCGGCUGGAUGUUUCUUCUGUAUUAAAGAGAACCCUGGGAUUAAAACAGAGGGCAGUAAAGCAGUAAAGUAUCCACAGUUCAGCCACACAGACGGGCGACAGGAGCGUGACGGAGAACCGGCUGAAAAGGAACAGAAAGGACCAGAAGAAGAAGAGGUGGAGUCGUCAGAGGAGAUGAAAAUGUACCUGAGGACCCUGGAGGGCUUUCUGAUGGUCCUGUCCGUGGAUGGAGACAUGAUCUUUUUGUCCGACAACGUCAGCAAGUACAUGGGCUUGACACAGGUAAACACCCACACACAGAUCAAGUCACACAUUUGUAUGUUAUAGUGUAAUAAUUAAUGUUUUUGUCUUCUCUGACAGACUGAGCUGAUGGGACACAACAUUUUGGAGUUCAUUCACCCUUGUGACCAUGAGGAAAUCAGAAAUAACCUACGCUUCACCCCCGGUAUGUGUGAGCUGAAAUAGUCAAGAGUUAACUCUAGGUUGUGUGGUGUGUUUGUGAGCUGUUUUUAGCAGGUUUUCUCAGGUGGAUUUUUGUAGCUCACUAAAUUGUGUGUUUUUUAGCUGAGGUUUGGUUUGGUGGAAAGAGGGACUUUGUGAUGAGGAUAAAAAGCGCUCUGACACACAGAGGAAGAAGCACCAACCUCAAGUCGGCUACAUGGAAGGUUGAAACCAAAAUUCACACUUUUCUUUUUACUGAACAUUCAAGACUCUGUGAUGCAUGCAAAGACACUCCUCAUGCAUGUAUCUGACCUCUCUUAUCUGACUUCAACUCUCUUCUCUCUGCAGGUUCUUCACUGUCAGGGCCGGGUAAAAAGGUGCAUGGGAACGUCUGUAGUUUCCUGCCUGCUGCUGACCUGCCAGCCUCUGCCGCUCUCACACACACUCCUCAGCUCUAACACCUUCACCAGCCAGCACAGCAUGGACAUGCGGUUCACAUACUGUGACCAGAGGUGAUUUACACAUAUGUUACUUGUCAAUACACACUCAGAGAAGGGAAAGAGGCCAUUGCGUAGAAACGACCCAUCUUGCAUUUAUGUAGCGCACGAAGAAAGACAGAUUUUUUUUCCAGUUUAGUCUUUGAGAGAAAAGUCUGUAUCCAAGGAUCUGGACAGAAGGGAGCAACAUAAGUUAGUGACACUGACUCCUCCAGGUCCAUUUGCACUCAGGUGCUGACGUGGAGAUCUCAUAGACGGAACGAAAUAUGGACCUAGUCUCAGCUGUACCUUUAUUGCUGCAAAAUUCACAAUCUUAGAAUAUUGAAAAUCAAUAUUUUAUAAAAUAAUUUACCCCAUGUAGUAGGAGUGAGUGGGGUAAGUUGAGCCACCCCCUGUUGCUUGGAAAUGGUAAAAGAAAUUGAUCAUGUGACCAAAUAUUCAGGAGAUGGGCAUCAAUUCAUGGAGUCUGUGAAGGUUAGAAGCACAUGGGUGAAGGAGUUAGACAUUUAUUUACAAAAAAAAAAAUGUCUUCACUCUUGAAAGUGAAUUUAGUCUGUUGUAAGUUUUAUUAGAAUUGUGUUCAGACCAAAAACGAUCAUUGUAAAUUUGUCUAAGUCAUCAAUUGUGGUAUCUAUGAGCUACAGCAUGAGGUCAAAAACUAGCAUUUAAAAGUCCACCAUUUUAGCUUAGAGGACUAAUAAAGGCUGUGUCUGAAAUGAAUCACUCAAUCCCUAACCCCUAACCCCCAUAUGGGGAUUCACUUUUUAGUUGACUAUGUAGUGAGCUCAAUCACCUGAGGUUUUGGAUACUACAUGGCAAGACGCAAUGCAUGACGGGAUGCCCACCACCGGUGAGUGACCAUCGGAUGGUCACUACAUUUUGCAAUGGUCUAUGGGAAAUUUUGAGUCGCCUACAUGGGGCACUGGAAUUGAUCACUCAGGUUUCGGACACCCCUCAAAAUGGCGCUAACCCCCAUAUAGUCGCCUUUAAAGGGGUUAGGGAUCCAUUUCGGACACAGCUAAAGUCAUCAUAGUAGUUCUGGGGUAAAUUGACCAAACGGAAGCAAAUAAACCAAACUGAAGCAAAUUAAUGACACCCAGGGAAACCUGUGCAGGUGCUUUGAGUUUAGUAGUUAAUUAGUGUGUCACACUUAACUCAGAACACCUGCACAGGUUUCCCCAGGUGUCAUUAAUUUGCUUCAGUUUGGUUCUAUAUGGGGAAGACUGCAGACUUGACAACUGUCCAGAAGAUAUCAUUGAUAUUCUCCACUGAUACACCUGGGGAAACCUGUGCAGGUGCUUUGAGUUGAUUAGUGUGUGACACUCUGUUUAAAUUAUUCAUGUCCUGCAAAAUUUGGGCUGGCUUUUUCACAGUAGCCUAAUUUUUUGAAUUCAUGUUUUCGUGGGUUUUAUGAGCUGGAAGCCCAAACUAUGUACAAAUAAACAAAAAAAAAAAACAAUUUUAAAUUGUUUAAAUUGUGGGCUCUGAAUCUAAAAUCAAUGUAAGUUUAACUUUUUGAAUGAAAUUAGGGAAAUAAAUAAACUUUUCAAUGAUAUUCUAGUUUUUUGGAAAGGGUCUGUAUAUGCAGAUACACUAGUUCGAGACAAAACUAUGAUUGCUUUGAUGUAGUGAUCCGAAAUAUGUAAUACGUACUCUCCCCUACAUGCAAAAGAUGAGAAUAAUCCAAUCAGACCAAAAAUCUUUUUAAACCAGCCUGUUUCCUAAAGAUACACUUUUGUUGAAUGGUUGUGUAUGUGGUUCCUGGUGCUUUAGCAGCCGGCCUCAAGUGGACAUUUAAGGAACUGCAGUUUUUAGCACUUCUGCAUCGGCAAAAGUCAAGGGAGUUCCCUCUUUUGUGUCUCUGCAGGGUGAUGAAUCUCUUGGGUUACAGUCCGGAGGAGCUGCAAGGCCAAUCCAUCUACAAUCUCUGUCACACUCUGGAUACAAAGUGCCUGACCAAAAAUCAUUUCAACUGUAAGUAUCGACACACUCAUGCAUUACACAUCUAUAAACACACACCUUCACCAUCAUCCUCUGUCUGUCCCUCUGCAGUGUGUCUCAAGACUCAGUCUGUCAGCGGGCAGUACAGGAUGCUGGUGAAAGGCGGAGGUUACGUGUGGGUGGAGACUCACAGCGCUGUCAUCCCCAGUGCCAAACCCUCAAAGUCUAGACCCAGCGCCCACCACCAACUCUGCAUCAUCUGUGUCACAUACGUCCUCAGGUACAUGCCCAAUUCAUUCAAAUGCUCAUAUAAACAAUGUCAACGCCGCUUCUGCACGUCAGUGUGACUGUCAAAGUGUUGAGGUCUUUUAAGGAGUUGAACAAUUUCCGGUUUUCUAUGAGAACACCAACCAAGAAAUGACCGGACAUGUUUGCACUGAGGAUGCUGAACUGCUUUGGUUUCGAGUGGAAAAUGCAGUAUAAAAAAUGCUGUUAGUGGACACAGGCCCUUAUAAGCAGUCUGGAGAUUUUCUGUCGACACAUUGAGCCACAAGAUCAAAUCAUACUGUUUCUGAUACUUCGUUUGAUGAUCAAGCAAUGUCAAAACAAAGGACUGCUCUUUUUUUGGCCUGGUUAGCGUAUGUUAGCAUGCCGUUGUGCUAAGUCAGAUGCAUUUCUUGCAGAGUGCACAGCAGUGCAUCCUCACGACGGCUUUACAGGGGGGCUUUUAAAGCAGCUGUUUGUUGGAGAUUUGUUAUAACUGUUUUUAAAAUAUUCAUCAUAAUUGGUUUAAUUUAGUAUGCAUGUGUGUCUCACAGCGGAGUGGAGGAGCCGUCCCUGCAGCUGUCGUUGGACCAAACUAUCCCACCACGAUAUCAGUACUGAAGCUGGACUCUGAAGAAUCAAAAACCCUCUCUACCUCUUUCAUUUCAUUGAUCACACUUUGAUGAAUCGAUCAGUUUUUUUAGUUGAAGAAAGCGGUUGUGUGUUUUAUGCUUGUCAUGUUGCUUUUUAUGCUGGCUACAGCAGCGCCACUUCCCUCCCCAAAUAAAAGUGGAAGCUGUUAAGGUGUAGACUGUGGUUGACAGACGGUUAUUGGGGCGUAGUGAGAGCUGAAAUUUGUUGAUGAAAGCAAGCAGUUUGACUUCUUUUUGACCUCUCGGAGCCCGACUCUAGUUCCUGUGGGGUUUCCUUCUGAGCCACCUGACACGUGGGGUGACAUCUGACAGUCAAGCACAGACAUGUUGUACAUUACACGCACAUAUACACACACAGAGACAGACACACUUAAAAUAUGGAGUGAAACGCAUUGUGCUGAUGUAGAGAUGUGAACAGACGCGAGUCGCAAGCCGCAGCUUCCUGAAUAGAGACACCGUAGGAAAGUUCUCGUGGGAACUUUUUAAACUCUUUACCUCUUGGCCUCUUGACUCACGCCCACAAACAACAAACGAUUUCAAGUUUCACUUCCACUUGCUCCACCAGACGAAAUUAAUAAUUGAAUCAGAAUGAAACAAAUGCAAGUCACGCAAGAAGGGUUUCAAACACCUGAAUUUACAAAAUUUAUGAGCAGACCAGGCAGCUUUUGUACUUAAAUUCUUCUCUUUCGCACAGAGAGUCAGUUUCCCAAAUUGUAACUUAAAAGUGUGAUAACAAAUAGAAAUAAAGUGCAAAUAAAUCCUUUUCAUUUCAUUUGUAA